AUGGAAGACGACUACCACAUCGCGCCCAAAAGGCGCAGACUGGACUCGUACCAGCCGCGUCCCUCUACCGACCGCUCCUCACGACCGCACCAGACACCGCGUUUCCACGACUCACGGGCAGAAACACCGCGAGGCCACAAUGCAGGCUCAACCCCCCGUCAGCGGGAAUUUGAUGGGCCUGAGCCUCAGAUUGAUGAAGAGGCUGUCAUGGCCUUAGAUCGAGACUGGUAUGGCGGUGAGGAAUAUGGCGGACACAGUCUCGGAGACGAUACACACAAUCCUUUCGGAGAGGACAGCACAUGGUUGGAUCAGCAGCGGGAGGCGGCAAUGGCGGAGAAGAAGACCAGCAAGCGCAUGAACGCGCGACAAGUGCAAAAACAGAAAGAUGUGGACGCCUGGGAGACGAACCGAAUGCUCACCUCGGGAGUGGCUCAACGACGCGACUUCAGCGGCGAUUUCGAGGAUGAUGAUGAGGGAACUCGUAUUCACCUGUUGGUCCAUGAUCUUAAGCCUCCGUUCCUGGAUGGACGGACCGUCUUUACAAAGCAGCUGGACCCCGUCUCGGCAGUGAAGGAUCCACAGAGCGACAUGGCUGUGUUUAGUCGCAAGGGAAGCAAGGUUGUGCGCGAAAGGAGACAGCAGAGGGAGAGGCAACAGCAAGCCAAGGAAUCUACCAACAUGGCAGGGACCGCGCUUGGGAACAUCAUGGGUGUUAAAGAGGAUGACGGUGACAGUGCGGCGCCGGCUGCCCCAGGCCAGCCAGAAGAGCCGGAGAAGAAGGGCGGCAGCCAAUUUGCCGAGCAUCUCAGGAAGAGCGAAGGCCAGAGCGCUUUCAGUAAAAGCAAGACGCUUCGCGAGCAGCGGGAGUACCUUCCUGCUUUCGCUGUACGAGAGGAGCUCCUACGGGUGAUCCGGGAUAACCAGGUCAUUAUCGUUGUGGGCCAAACGGGUUCUGGUAAGACGACGCAGUUGACGCAGUUUCUCCAUGAAGAUGGCUACGGAAAAUUUGGCAUGAUUGGGUGCACUCAGCCAAGACGUGUGGCAGCAAUGAGUGUGGCCAAGCGUGUCAGCGAAGAGAUGGAAGUCAAACUCGGUGGCCUUGUCGGCUACGCCAUUCGUUUCGAGGACUGCACGAGCAAUGACACGGUGAUCAAGUACAUGACUGACGGCGUAUUGCUGCGAGAGUCCCUGGUCCAGCCCGAUCUCGACAAGUACUCUGUCAUCAUCAUGGAUGAAGCUCACGAGCGAGCCUUGAAUACGGACGUCCUCAUGGGACUCAUCAAGAAGGUGCUCGCUCGACGCAAGGACCUGAAACUAAUUGUCACAUCUGCCACGAUGAACGCGGAAAGGUUUUCCCGUUUCUAUGGAGGCGCGCCAGAGUUUUUCAUUCCUGGUAGGACAUUCCCUGUCGACAUUCAGUAUUCCCGUUCUCCUUGCGAAGACUACGUCGACAGUGCUGUGCGGCAGGUUCUAGCCAUUCACGUCUCACAAGGCCCUGGUGAUAUCCUGGUGUUCAUGACGGGCCAGGAAGAUAUCGAGUGCACCUGUGAGCUUAUUGACGAGAGAUUGCACCAGCUUGUUGAUCCGCCUAAACUCAGUAUCCUGCCAAUCUACAGUCAAAUGCCAGCAGACUUGCAAGCGAAAAUCUUCGAGAAAGCCGCCCCUGGUGUUCGAAAAGUCAUCGUUGCUACCAACAUCGCUGAGACCAGUUUGACGGUCGAUGGUAUCAUGUAUGUGGUCGAUUCUGGAUUUUCGAAGUUGAAGGUCUACAACCCUCGCAUGGGUAUGGACACGCUUCAGAUUACUCCUAUAUCACAGGCAAACGCGUCUCAAAGAGCAGGUCGAGCUGGAAGAACUGGUCCAGGAAAGUGUUUUCACCUUUACACAGAGAGGGCGUUCAAGGAGGAGUUCUACAUGCAAACUAUCCCGGAAAUCCAGAGGACGAAUCUGGCGAACACGGUCCUUCUGCUCAAGUCGCUCGGCGUCAAGGAUCUCCUUGAUUUCGACUUCAUGGAUCCACCUCCGCAGGAAACCAUCUCAACAUCGCUUUUCGACCUUUGGGCUCUCGGAGCACUCGACAACUUGGGCGAAUUAACAUCGCUCGGCAGGACGAUGACGGCCUUCCCCAUGGACCCUCCGCUAGCAAAGCUUAUCAUCACGUCUCAUGAAUAUGGCUGCAGCGAGGAGAUGCUCACGAUCGUGUCGAUGUUGUCGGUCCCGAAUGUUUUCUACCGCCCGAAGGAGCGCCUGGAGGAAGCAGAUGCAGCACGCGAGAAAUUCUGCGUGCCCGAGUCGGAUCACCUCACGGUUUUGCACGUCUACACGCAGUGGAAGGCCAACCGGUAUUCUGACGGCUGGUGCAUCAAACACUUCCUGCACCCCAAAGCCCUGCGACGAGCCAAGGAAAUUCGAGAGCAGCUGGAAGACAUCAUCAAGCAGCAAAAGCUGACGCUAACCAGCUGCGGUACUGACUGGGAUGUCAUUCGUAAGUGCAUCUGCUCCGGGUACUACCACCAGGCGGCGCAAGUGAAGGGAAUCGGAGAAUACAUCAACCUGCGGACAAGCGUUACGGUGCAGCUUCACCCGACGAGCGCACUCCACGGCCUUGGAAUCCUUCCCGAUUACGUCGUGUACCACGAACUUAUCUUGACGUCCAAGGAGUACAUGUCCUACGUAACGGCGGUUGAUCCGCACUGGCUUGCCGAUCUUGGCGGUGUUUUCUAUUCGGUCAAGGAGAAGGGCUACUCGGCUCGCGACAAGCGUGUUACGGAAAUUGAAUUCAAUAAGAAAGCCGAGCUGGAGGCGAAAAUGGCAGAGGAUAAGGAAAGGGAGGCGCAACGAGUUGCCAACGAGCAGAAGGCCAGGACGGCUGUCAGGAAGCCCACGACUGCGGUGCGCAGGAUUGCGACGCAGGGCGCGGUGCGUAGACCAAUGACGCCCAGGUCAGGACGCGGGUUCUAG